AUGUCCUGCCAGGAGAGAAUGGAUGAUGACUCUGAUUACGGAUCUGACUUCACUCCAGAUGAAGAAAUUUUGUUAAACAAUUUGCUGAACAAAGCCGUUGCGGAACAUGCGACCGCCGCCGACGCCGACGCCACCUCGAUCUCGACAACCUGGAUCUCGACUCCAACGCCCAUCGAACAGCUCACCACGCCAAAAUCCCCUGAACUCGCCGACCUCGAGUCAUUGCACCCGGCAGCUCUAGAGGCACUCGUUGCAGAUAUCGAGGAUGGCAUUGAGCCUAGCGUCCGGCUGCCUAAGGUACUGGGCCGGGAAAAGCCUCGCUCGACAUGGCGGCAAUCGCAGCCUCGACCAGGUCAGGCGGUUAGAUGGGGUGCGAAUGCGAGUGCAAGGGGCAAGUCGAAUUCACGCGCUCGCAACAGCAACAGGACCAGCCCGUUUGUCGAGAACCCUAGUUCAACCGAGGGCCGAGAAAGAGAACGCGAGCGCAACGCAGUGCGUGAGCAAGAAUGGAUACAACAGGAUCCCACCGCCGCAGCGCUCGACACUCGAACCCCGGUCGAACGGUAUCGACAAGCACCCAACAAAGCGUUCUCGGUGACUGAUCUCGUUUCACCAGCUUGGUGCGAGCUGCAGUACUGGCUCACGUUGACCAAACAUGGGCGGAAGAAGCCGACUGCUGCGAUGAAGAAGGGCAGCUCGAUGCACAAGACGCUCGAAGAUGAGAUAUACACUACCGUUCCUGUGGAAAUCACGACUAAAGAAGACGCGUGGGGUCUCAGGAUAUGGAAUGUCAUUCAGGGACUGCGCAUGCUGCGCGAGUAUGGCAUAACGCGUGAGCUGGAGGUUUGGGGCGUUGUCGAUGGGGAAUUUGUCAAUGGCGUUAUUGAUGAGUUGUCCUACGAGUGUCCCAACUCGGAGCUUGAGGCUACUGCUGCUGGGUACUAUGCGGAUGUUGUAGCGUCGCGCGCUGCGCUACCGGAGUAUCAGAUGUCUUUGUCGGACUAUUUGCUUUCUUCUUCGCAAGGCGGGAUGAAGCUUUCAGACCUGGGGCAGAAUGAAGCCGAGGAAACGGGGCACUUUGAGUCUGAACUACCUGCAGAGGUGUAUAACCUGCGCCGGAUUUAUUUAACAGACGUGAAGACGAAGGGCAACCGAUCGCUACCGACUGUCAAGAGCACGGGCUUCCGGCCUACUCUUCUCCAGUUGCAACUUUACUAUCAUAUGCUCAACCGGAUGAUCACGAGCGACGAUGUCACUAUUGACCUCCUCGCCACCCGUUAUGAUUUCGACGCUCAGAAGCCGUUCACGAACGCCUUUGUCUCGGAGGUUGGGGGUCUGAACGACCAAUACUUCGACGCUCUCUCCUUCCAAGAAUCAGAACAGAACGAGGGUCCUUCUAAUGCUAGCGAGGAUUCAACCAGCCUCCUCUUAUCACACAACAACCUCUCCCGUCUUUGGAGUCUCAUGAUACAACAACUCCGCCUCACAUUCCUACCCGAAGGUUCCCCCGACACACAAUCAAUCGCACCAUCCAUCCCAUCACUUUCCCAACCAGAACUCUUGGAACCAUACCCAACCCUCCUUUCCCCGGUGCUCACAGCUAGAUAUCUUUCAUCUGUCGCCAACGAAGACCGAGAGAGACAGCUUAUCGGAAGUCGUUCUUUCCUCUUCGAUCCGACAUCCCUCACCUCCUACCUCACCGACCAGAUGACCUGGUGGCGCGGUGAGCGGGAUCCUCGCGGUGUGGACAUCAUGGACGCGUGGAAAUGUCGGAUCUGUGACUUCCGCGAUGAGUGUUCUUGGCGUGAGGAGCGGGAGAUGGCCUAUGCGAGACGGGGUGGAGGUCGGAGAGGGUCUGUCGCGGAUAUAUAA